AUGUCUCACUCUACUGUUCACGUUUCUGGCAUCUCGUCAACAACCUCCGAGAAGGAGGUUCGUGACUUCUUCAGCUUCUGUGGAAAAAUUGUCACUCUCUCUAUCACCCCAGUUUCUGGCGAACCCGACGCUCAGAAGUCUGCCACUGUGACUUUUGAGAAGGAAGCCGCUGCCAAAACUGCCCUUCUCCUUGAUCAGACACAGCUUGGCACCUCUGCCGUGCACGUCGAAGCAGCACACAACAUUGAAGACAUCGCCGGAGCGCAAGCCACUGGCGCAGGAGGCGAGACCACUAAGGAAGAAGAGCACCACAUCGCACAAGAAGACAAGCCCCGCUCACGCAUUGUCGCAGAGUACCUGGCGCACGGGUAUGUGGUGAGCGACAAUGCGAUCAUGAAGGCAAUCGCGCUGGACAAGAAGCACGGAGUCUCAAACCGCUUCACGUCGGCGCUUAACAACUUCGAUAAGAAGUACAAUGCCACUGAGCGCGCUAAGGGUAUUGAUGAUAGCUACCAAAUCUCCACUAAGGCGGCCACUGGCUGGCGCGGCCUAAGCUCGUACUUCGAGAAGGCCCUGGAGCACCCCUCCGGCCAGAAGCUGCGUGACUUUUAUGUUCAGACCGAUAAGCAGGUGCGCGAUAUCCACGCCGAGGCUCGUCGCCUGGCAGAUCUGAAGCAGGGUAAGAGUGGCGAGGCUACGCCUGCUGCUGCUGAGCCCGUUGCUGCUGCUCCUCAGCCUGAAGCUGCUGCUGCCCCUUCUGAGAAGGCGUAA